UAUCUACCGCCUGCGCGUUUAUCUCUUGUUUGCUUGGUGAUCUUAGUUGAUGGAUGUAUCACAUCCGCAUACUCCACAUUAUCUGCUUCUCCUUUUUUCUUCUUCUAUUUCUUCAUCUUUUUAUCUAUCUUCUCUUGGCUACUCGAUGCGUAAUUGCCCAAGGGGAGCACACAGCUGUCUCGCAUCUCGCGGGACUUAAUUUUCUUUUGGCGCACAUCAUUAGUUCCGGGAGUUAUCAUUUCGCUUUGUUUCGUGUUUCGCACUUGCGUUUUUAUUUGGUUUGCAACCCCGGAGGUUGUGACUGAACUAAACUGAAGUUUUGUUUUAUCUUGGAUUUUUUUAACUAAUGGAAAAACCGAGAGGGAAAAGGAAUAUAUGGUGCAAGAGGUGGAAAGACUUUUUUUGUUAAAAGUAUAGCAGUGCAUGUGUGUAUGUGAGGAUGAUGUUGUGUAUGUGAGCGAGCGAGACAGAAGCGGAGGAAUCUGCAUCUCUUCGACGUCGACGAUGAUGAAGAAGGGCAUUGCACUUUUUUUUUUGUAACUAUUGGGUAACUUUAGAGUUACGAGGGAAUAUGGCGGUCUUAUUGGCGGCCAACCGUGAACCUUUUGCAAUAGUACUUUUGAUGUUCAAAGUUUCCCUUUGCCUUUUACGUGAAUUCACCUGUGUUCGUUCAAGCUUGCCUCGUAGUUUCAACAACCCACGCGACUACGGCCAUUUUAUACAGUCAACCUUGUAUCAUGCUGUAGGAUCUGUCUGACUUGGUCUUAAUUUAAUACUCUCUCCAAGUUUGUGCCCGCAGAAUCGGCUAAUGAUGGCAGCUUGAGCAACAUACUCUUUUGUAUAAAUCGACGUGCUGGGUGUAGAGAACGAAUUACAUUUUGCCAACUGGCUGCAGGCUUCUAGCAAGCCUUUAGGCAAUUAACAAUGCACAUACCAAUUGAGAGACUCCUGGAACUCUGAUUUGCUUCUGAAUAGUAGGUACAUGAAUCUUUAUUCAUUGUCUUUUACUCGAUAUCAUCUACAAGUCAAUGAAAGCCAUAAGUGGUCGAGGCCCAAUGUCGGUGUGGUUCUCAACUUGGUUUAAAAAUAGAAUAGAGUUUCUUCGUUAUGACCCAAAGUACGUACCUUUGUCGUAUUUGUAUAGCCCUUUGGGCCACAGUAGUAUUGCAGUCGUAUUGCGGGGGGAGCCUUUGCUCUAGUCAGGAUGCUAAAAGCGGCACAACUGAGAUCUCCCCAGCCACGAUCAAGCCCUCUAGCACUGCCGGUGUGCCCAACCACUGGGCUUGGGAGAGCAUCGCCGCUUACACGUAAUGCGGAUGCGUCAUACCAGACGCGCCUCGUUUCAGAGCCCGACCUAGG